AUGAAGCUCGUAAUCGGCGGUUCAACCGGCUUCGUCGCCACAGAAGUACUUACCCAGGCCCUUAAGAACCCUGCAAUCACCUCAAUCGUCGCCCUCGGCCGACGAGAGGCCACAAUGUCAACCGCGGCCGGCUCUAAUGCCGGAAAACUGAAAUCAGUCAUAUGCAAAGACUUUGAGAACUACCCUGAUAGCGUGAAAACCGAGCUGGAGAAUGCAGAUGCUUGUAUUUGGACCAUCGCCGUAACACCCAGGAAACUCAGCACCGUCCCUUGGGAAGCAACCUGCAAGAUAUCGCGCGACUACGCGGUCACAGCGAUCAAGACUCUCGACACUCUCCGCCCAGCACAAGAACAACCACUACGCUUCCUCUACGUGAGCGGACAUUUUGCGCCUCGAAGUCGGGCUGAAAUACCGCCCGCACUAGAAAAUCACGGUCUGGUCGAUUACGGGCUACUUCGGGGAGAGGUAGAAACCCUGAUUCUCAGCUAUGCGGAACAAUCGCACGGUAGGGUUGAAUCAUGCGUCGUGAAACCGGGACUCAUCGAUGCGCCGGGGGCGGAGAAACGCGAUAUCCCGGGUGUACCGCACGUCGAUUUACCUGAUAUUGCGGCCGCUCUGGUAGAUCAGGUUAUUCGGGGAUUUGAGAAGGAUACGCUGAGUAAUGAUGAUCUGGUGCGGAUUGGAGGGCGGGUUUUGGCUGAGUAG